CUUUCAUUUGCUGUUAUUAUUCGCAAUCAACCAUAUUACCCACAAACACACACUUCUACACCGAAAAUUCUGUAAAAUAAUUACCAAAAAUGUCCGCUGAAGUGGAGGAGAUGCUGAAGCGCUUUCAAUCCUUCAAGAACGUCAUCGGAAUUAUAGUGGUGGACAAUGAUGGCAUACCCAUAAAGACUACCCUGGAGUACAACCUGACACUGCACUACGCGGCCGUGAUGCAGUCUGUGAGGGAAAAGGCCCGCCAGGUGGUCCUGGACCUGGAUGCCACCAACGAAUUCACCUUCCUGCGGCUGCGGACUCUCCUGCACGAGGUGAUGCUGUGCCCGCAGGAGGAUUACUUCAUCGUGGUCCUCCAGAGCCCCAGUGACUAGAAUCGCAUUUAAAAAUAUAAAAAUAAAAUACGCACUCAGCCGAUGUGCCAUGUACAAGGCCGAAA